AUGCGCGGCUCCCGGAGCACGCAGCACUGCGAUCGGUGCUGUGUCCAAUCACAGCUGAUCACAUGUAAACAGAGAAAUGCCAGUUAUUGGCAUUUCUCUCCCCAACGAGCUGUCACGCUGACAGCUCAUGAAGAGAGGAGAGCUGCCCCAGCAGUGCCACCUGUCAGUGUCCAUCAGUGCCAGCUCUCAGUGCUCAUCCAUGCCACCUGUCAGUGCCCAUCAGUGCCACAUCAGUGCCACAUCAAUGCCACAUAUCAGUGCCCAUCUGAGCUGCCUUUCAGUGUCACCCAUCAGUGCCAUCAGUGCCACCUAUCAGUGCUGCCAAUCAGUGCCACCUAUCAGUGCCAGUCCGUGCCGCCUAUCAGUGCCAGUCAGUGCCGCCUAUCAGUGCCAUAUAUGACUGCUGCCUAUCAGUGCCCAUCAGUG